CAAGGCUAAUGUUGUCAGAAAUGUUAGGUUAACUGAUGUUUAAUUUCUUAUUUAUGUAGAAUAAUAGCUCCUAAUGAAUAAAUUGGUAGCUAUAUUUAAUGUGGGAAAAGUUGCAUAUGGUCCUUCAUUGAAAUUACAGGCAGCUCUGGCAAAUUAUCAUCGUCAGCAUGAAGACACCCCUGGCACCUUACUUGUAGUAGAACAUCCGCCCGUGUAUACAACAGGAAUCCGAACUAAACCAUAUUCCAUUAAAGAUGAAGAAAUACUUAAGCAGACAGGGGCUGAAUUUUAUCGUACCAAUAGAGGGGGGCUGAUAACAUUUCAUGGUCCUGGACAGUUGGUAGUUUACCCAAUUUUAAAUCUGAAGCAUUUUAAUCUCGGAUUAAGAAACUAUGUCAGUAAUAUUGAACAAACUGUAAUUCAAAUAUGCAAAGAUUUUAACUUAAAGGCAGAAACGUCAGCUCAUACUGGUGUGUGGAUUGGAGAUAAUAAAAUUUGUGCCAUAGGUGUUCAUGCCAGCCGUUAUGUAACCACACAUGGUUUAGCUCUUAAUGUUUGCACUGAUUUAACUUGGUUUGAACACAUAGUGCCUUGUGGGAUUGAAGGAAAAGGGGUGACUUCUCUUACAAAAGAACUCAAAAGGCAUGUUAAUAUAGAAGAAGUUAUUCCUGUUUUUCUAAGAAACUUUACCCAUGUUUUUAAAUAUCCUUGUGUUGAUAUUUCUGAUGAAAUUUACAAGAAAAUAGAAAAUUAUGAUGAAACACUAUUAGAUAACUUUUCAGUAACCAGCCGGAUUUCCCCUGGUUAAUGUUGUGAACUACAUAUAUUACUUUAAUUUCGUUAAUACUUCUGAACGCACCUUAAAUUUAAAAGUGGCGCUUAAAUGUAAUGGUUGCCAGC